CGGGAGGGAUCUGAGCGUGCCGCCCGCCCGCGCGGGGGGAGCGGCGGCCGGCGCGGAGGAGGCGGCGGCGGCGGCGCGGGAGGGCGGCGGCGUGGCCGCCUGCGGCUGGGUAGCAGCGCGCGACGCGGCGGUGGCGGACAGCGCGGGGCAGUGCCGGCCCCGGGGCUGGGCUGCUGAAUCGACUCGGCUCCACCGCUGGACUCGAACUGGGAGGGGGCGCCAGCACACCCCGGACGCGGUGCCCCAAGGGACCCCACUCCACGCUGCAAACUCAAGUCCCUUGCCUCUCCGGGCCAAACACACCCCCGCGCCCGUCCGCAGCUGCCACCUCGGGGGGGCUGUUCCAGAGGCUCUGGCACCAGAUCUGCGCCUCCGGGUUUACUCCCUGCUCGCAACCCCAACUGCGCCGCAACGCCACCACUUGGCCCCCCUCAGACUCCGCCGGGCAGUCGGCUUCUACGAACUUGAUUUCUCACCUCCUCAGCCCCAUCACCUCCAUCCCUUUCCCACCCCCCGUCUCGCCUCCACCCCCCCAAUUUCCUCCUCCUCGCCCCUCAUUUCCACCCUCCUCCCCCUCCCCCGGCCACUUCGCUAACUUGUGGCUGUUGUGAUGCGUAUUCCCGUAGAUCCGAGCACCAGCCGGCGCUUCAGCCCCCCCUCCAGCAGCCUGCAGCCCGGCAAGAUGAGCGACGUGAGCCCGGUGGUGGCUGCCCAACAGCAGCAGCAGCAGCAGCAGCAGCAGCAACAGCAGCAGCAACAGCAGCAACAGCAGCAGCAGCAGGAGGCGGCGGCGGCGGCAGCGGCGGCGGCGGCUGCUGCAGCGGCGGCCGCAGCGGUGCCCCGGUUGAGGCCGCCACACGACAACCGCACCAUGGUGGAGAUCAUCGCCGACCACCCGGCCGAACUUGUCCGCACCGACAGCCCCAACUUCCUGUGCUCGGUGCUGCCCUCGCACUGGCGCUGCAACAAGACCUUACCCGUGGCCUUCAAGGUGGUAGCCCUUGGAGAGGUACCAGAUGGGACUGUGGUUACUGUCAUGGCGGGUAAUGACGAAAAUUAUUCUGCUGAGCUCCGGAAUGCCUCUGCUGUUAUGAAAAACCAAGUAGCAAGGUUCAACGAUCUGAGAUUUGUAGGCCGGAGUGGACGAGGCAAGAGUUUCACCUUGACCAUAACUGUCUUCACAAAUCCUCCCCAAGUAGCCACCUAUCACAGAGCUAUUAAAGUUACAGUGGAUGGCCCUCGGGAACCCAGAAACCCCAGGCAGGCACAGUCUUCUCCGCCGUGGUCCUAUGAUCAGUCUUACCCCUCUUACCUGAGCCAGAUGACAUCCCCGUCCAUUCACUCCACCACCCCACUGUCUUCCACAAGAGGCACGGGGCUUCCUGCCAUCACCGAUGUGCCCAGGCGUAUUUCAGAUGAUGACACUGCCACUUCUGACUUCUGCCUCUGGCCUUCCACUCUCAGUAAGAAGAGCCAGGCAGGUGCUUCAGAACUGGGCCCUUUUUCAGACCCCAGGCAAUUCCCAAGCAUUUCAUCCCUCACUGAGAGCCGCUUCUCCAACCCACGAAUGCACUAUCCAGCCACCUUUACUUACACCCCGCCAGUCACCUCAGGCAUGUCCCUCGGUAUGUCCGCCACCACUCACUACCAUACCUACCUGCCACCACCCUACCCCGGCUCUUCCCAAAGCCAGAGUGGACCCUUCCAGACCAGCAGCACUCCAUAUCUCUACUAUGGCACUUCAUCAGGAUCCUAUCAGUUCCCCAUGGUGCCGGGGGGAGACCGGUCUCCUUCCAGAAUGCUUCCGCCAUGCAGCACCACCUCGAAUGGCAGCACGCUAUUAAACCCCAAUUUGCCUAACCAGAAUGAUGGUGUUGACGCUGAUGGAAGCCACAGCAGUUCCCCAACUGUUUUGAAUUCUAGUGGCAGAAUGGAUGAAUCUGUCUGGCGACCAUACUGAAAUUCCUCAGCCAUGGCCCAGCAGUGGCCCAGCGGUAUCUGGGGCCACAUCCCACAUGUAUCGAUAUAUACAUAUAUAGAGAGUGCAUAUAUAUGUAUAUCAACUAACUAUCUACAAAGUGCCUGUUUUUUUUUUUUUUUUAAGAAGAGGUUUCAUUCAUUCAUUCAGUCAUGAUCUGACCGACACAAUAGAGUAGAUGUUAGAAACAGAAGGCCCAAGAGAGAUGAUCAUAAUCGGGUUUCAGAUUGUUUACUAUUUAAGAAGUACUUUUGCAAUGAACAAACAAAGGAAAAGGUAUUUUUGAUGUUGCUUUUGGUCUGUUGUAAAUAAGCGGUUAACGGGCUGAUGCUGAGAUGUGGCCUCCGGACACAGGAGGUAAAGGAGCAAAGCUGCUUCCUCUCUGUGCCCAAAGCUGCAUGGCCUGGUCGCAGCCGUGCAGGCCUGUGCCCUCUGCCGAGCAGCUUACUAAGCCAGUGGGGGUGCGGAGAGGGGACAGGUAGAAUGGAUGCGUCCCCCCCAGCAGCAGGUGUACACGGUGAUUGUCCGGGAUCUGCUCACAGGCCUGCUGCGGGCACACAUUUGAACUAUCUGAUUCAGUUUCAUCCCCGCCCCCCAAUCUUCCUCUAGGAAAGUGACUUCAAAAAUACUGAUCAGGAUAGAUUAUUUCAUUUUGCCUUUUUAAUACUUUUUCUCUGUUCUCCCAUUUAACCAAAAAGAAAAUCCCAUCCCUUAAAGCUCUCCUCCUAUUAUGCAAAACUUAAAAAUGGCAAUACCUUAUUAUAGCCAUAAUGGUAUAGAUAGUGUUUGCGUUUGGCUGUGUGUUAUUUGUUUUCUUUUUUUUUUAAAUUAUGAAUAUGUGUAAAAAUCUGAGGUAACUUGCUAACGUGAAUGGUCAUAUAACUUUAAAGAUAUAUUUAUAAUUAUUUAAUGACAUUUGGACCCUUGAAACAUUUCUUAGUGUAUUGAUAUGUUGACUUCGGUCUCUAAAAGUGCUCUUUAUUAAAUAACAAAUUUCUUCAGUGGGCUAGAGCCAUAUCUGAAAUAUUGCUAAGCAAUUUCAGUUUAUCCAGGCACAAUGUGAUUUUUAAAAAUGCUUCCGUCUCCAUGUACUUUAGAUGUAGCUUGUUUUUGUGACGUAUGAAGGAAAUGUUAUGUUUAAUUCUUUCCUAUCUAGGAUUGCCUCUAACACAGCUUUGCCUUUUAAAGCAAUAAUUAUGGAUGUAAAAAGCAACUCUUAGCCCUUUGUCACUCACAUUGCCCUUUAUCAGCAUGAAAUGCUGGAGUGAUGUGGUUUCCUAAUUUCAUUUGGGUCAUUAUGAUUCUUGUCAUAUAAAAACACAAGCACAACUGAAUCACUGACUGCAGAGAAAUGUUCUGUGGUUUCAUAGUUAAGCAAAACUCUAAAUUACCAGGCUUCAUAGUGAAAACAGUUUAGAGUCAUGCAUAUGGAGAAAGGAUCCAUCAUGAUAAACGGAGGACAGGAAAGCAAAAUUGCACCAGGGACUCUUAACCAGUUGGCCUUACCAAGCAGUACAUCAGGGGAACCAAAUCUGCCUUACCUGAGUCCCCACCAGGUAGAACUUCCCACAUGAUUUGCAUUGAAAGGAGCAGAAUGGAACCACUGUCCUAUGGUGGGGGGUUAUCUCAAUAGCGACCCAUCCUGCACAGGUACUAAUCUGAGAGCACACAUAGCCGAACUGGCACCCACAUACAGCCUUUGACAUUGGCAUUUCUCACGAUGGAGGAUCCAGGGAGGGCUAGGCAGUGGGGAGUUUGGUGCUUACUACUGUGUAUGAAUUUGAGCAAGAGCCCUCCUGUAGGAUGCACUUUGUCCACUCCAGAGCCCACAUGUCAAAUUCCCAGGUGUAAAUCCUUAAUCCAAGCUAUGAUCACUUGAUGACAACACCAGGCAACUCCCUGCCCCCUCUCAAAGGUCAGGUCCACUGGUGCUCAUGCUGUCUUCCUGAGCAGGGCUGGCAGAGGUUUCCUCCACUGCAUGGGUUCUUCAACCAUUCUGAAGCCCACCUCACCUUCACAGGCUGCCAGGCCAUGUAGGACAGUCUGUGGGGCAGCCAAACCUAUGCUUUCUACUGGGAAAUUUCUCUUGGAAUUCAUCCUGACAUCUGCCAAUAAAAAUGGAGGGGAAAGAGAACAAAACAAAACAAAACAAAACACUUCGCCUUCUAAAGGAUGUAUACCAAGUAUGCUUAGAUAAAUAAGCCACUUUUCUGUUGCUUAAGAUGGAAGUAGUAAUUGAUACUAUUUAUUAUUUGUGUGUGGUAGCUUGAAGCACGCCACUGUCCAUUUAUUUUUAAGUGUGAAAUAUGUGUGUUUGUCUCAACAGCACUUAAAAAUACCAGUGUCUGGUUACACGUUUCCAGUUUAAUUAAUUGACAUAAAAAUGUUACCACCAGUGCCAGCUGCACCCUAUUUAAUGAAAAAGGUACUCUAAUUGUGCAUUAUUUUUUUAAUAUUAAAGGGCUUUUUAAAAGUUUACAGUACACAUAAUGAGUACACAUAGGGAUGCUCUAGUGUUGAAAUGUUAUUAGAGUGGCUGCAGGCAGCAACCCAGAAACACUUUAAAAAGUUUUUUUCCUUCGGAAAAAUUCAAGCACUUCUUUGCUGCACCCUCAUUUACCACUCCAAUGGGUAAUUGACAUUUCUUCAACAGAUUCUGUUCUUCUUUGGCCUAGGGGUUAAAACUAUCUUUUCAUUGAACCCUUUAUUUGUACUGGGUGUCGUGUAUAAGAUUUGUGAUUUCAAAACCAAAGUAAAAUUUUACUUCUAUCAUGAACCAUGUUCUAGUCAGCACUGUCUUUCCUUGGGGUUAUAGUGUGGUUUCUGAUGUAGUACAAACAUUGCUGGAAUUUACAGCGUGACCAGUGCAUUUUUUGAAAAAGUCCAUUUCAGUUGCUCACAAAUUUUAACUUAUGUCAGAGUUCCCAGAGCAGGUGCCACAACUUGAGCCGUAGAUUAGUAGAGAGACAUUCAGUCUAGAACUGAAAGACUCAACAUUUGAACUAUUUGCUUUUUAGAUUGUCAUGCCCCACCCACCUUCAGAACUUUAAAAAUGAGCAGAAAAAUCCACACAGUUAGGGAGCCUCCAUUGUAAAUUGAGAAGGGAGGAGAUGUGUACUGGUCUCCAAGGUCCCCUCUAUGCAGAGGAAAGGGACUGACCCGGGAUCUGGGCUAAAGAUGCUGAAACACAAAGCAUUGGCAGAAGAGAUCAUUACACCCAUGGUACUGAAGGAACAAGAAAACAAUACACAGAAUAAAUGAUGACUCUUCCAAACCUUGAACUUGUUGUUCUUAAAAAGAUAAUGCAUUUAAAAAUUAUUUCUAUGUGAGAAUUUCUUAGGUGUUUACUUCAUGUUUACAAAUAACUGUUUGCUUUUUAAUGCAGUACUUUGAAAUAUAUCAGCCAAAACAUAACUUACAGUAAUUUCUUAGGUAUUCUGAAUAAAAUUCCACUUUUUGGAUAUGCUUCACCAUUUUUAGAUUUCUGUGGAACAAAAAUAUUUGUAGCAUUUUGUGUAAAUACAAGCUUUCGUUUUUAUUUUUUUCCAUUGCUAUUGCCCAAGAUUUGCUUUCCAUGCACAUAUUGUACAAAUUCUGCUUUGUGCCACAGGACAUGAUUGUGGAUGAGUUUACCCUUAACUUCAAAGGGACCAUUUGUAUUGUAUGUUGCAACUGUAAAUUGAAUUAUUUGGCGUUUUUCUCAUGAUUGUAAUAUUAAUUUGAAGUUUGAAUUUAAUUUUCAAUAAAAUGGCUUUUUUGGUUUUGU